AACGAAGCAACGAACGACAGCAGCAGACAUGGCAGAAGUCGCCCCAGCACCAGCCGCCGCCGCGCCUGCCAAGGCACCCAAGAAGAAGGCAGCAGCCAAGCCCAAGAAAGCGGGACCCAGCGUAGGCGAGCUCAUCGUCAAGGCUGUGUCCGCUUCCAAGGAGAGGAGCGGCGUGUCCCUGGCCGCGCUCAAGAAGUCUCUGGCGGCAGGCGGCUACGACGUGGAGAAGAACAACUCCCGCGUCAAGUUGGCCGUCAAGAGCCUCGUCACAAAGGGGACCCUGGUCCAGACCAAGGGCACCGGUGCCUCCGGCUCCUUUAAGCUCAACAAGAAAGCAACGGAGACCAAGAAGCCCGCCAAGAAAGCCGCAGCCCCUAAAGGCAAGAAGGUGGCAGCCAAGAAGCCCGCUGCAGCUAAGAAGCCCAAGAAGGCAGCAGCCAAGAAGCCCGCAGCCGCAGCUAAGAAGUCCCCGAAGAAGGCCAAGAUGCCGGCUACUCCCAAGAAGAGCCCCAAGAAGGCUACAAAGGCAGCGAAGCCCAAAGCUGCCAAGCCCAAGGCAGCCAAGCCCAAGAAGGCAGCCCCCAAGAAGAAGUAG